AUGGACGCAGACCAGUACAUGGGCGCCGGGAAUGCGCUUGCGCUGGUGCCGCCCGGCACGGCCUUGAGCGUCGACAUGCUGUUCUAUGUGCUCUCGCUGUGGCCGUCGGCGCGCUCGCAGGCCACUGUCCUCCGGCUCAUCGGCGAGCUCGACGGGGAGAGCAUUGCAACGCACAUGCGCCUCAUAGUGGCGUACAUCGGCGCUGCGGGACUCAACCAAACGCUGGUGUUCGUCCGACCGGCCGUCGAGCUCGCCUUGCGCCGUAUCGAUGAGGCGUUGGCCGCCGACUUGACCAACGAGACAGCGGCCAAGGCAGUGGAAAACACAAUAACGUACCACGAUGCCCUGCUGCGCGCGCUCACGGCGUACUCGACCAAGGACGCCUACUACCGCGACGCGAGGGACCUGCCGCCGCAUGUGCAGCACCUCGUCGGUGUCGUGGUCAAGCACCUGAUCGCGUCGCUCGACUCGGUGCCAUCCAGCAGCUCGGCGGAGCAGCGGCCAUCGAUUGGGCAGCGGUCGGCGACCCUCGACGCUCUGUUCUCCCCGCGGAUGCUCGUGCCAGAGUCAGUCCCUGCGCUGAUUGCGCACUGCGAGAGCACUGGAGUGCGCAUGAAGCCUGCGUAUUGGCGCCAGGCUACGAUUAUCGCCGUGUACGGCGAGGACCACGACGCGGCGGUCGAGUAUGUGUCCAGGCUGGAGCAGGGGGAGGAGGGGCACGAGCUGGCCCAUCUGCUCAUCACGGCGCGGGUCAAGACCAACGUCACCGAGAUUAUCGAGACGCUAGUCCCGCUGCUACAGGCCGACCGUACAGAGAAAGCGGUUGCCGACAGCGAAGACGGCGGCCCGUCAACCGUCGAACGGGCGUGGUGCUUCCUCCUCUCCCGGGCAUGCGCCGACCCGGCCGUGACGUCGCAGGAGAUUGUCAACCUCGCCAACACGGUGCCCGAAUGGGCUAUCUCGGCGUUCUCGCUCACGCCGACGAUUUACGCGCUCACGGAGCGCGGCGACGUCGACACGGCGCUGGAGAUAUGGGGGGAUCUCGUGCACCGCCACAGACUCGCUGGACGCAAGAUGCGGCGGCAGCUCAUCGAUGCGGCGGCGCUCUCGGUCGGCGCGGACGCCAUGUACGCGUCUGAAGAAGAGGGAGCCGAUGACCCGCUCGCGCGGUCCAUCAAGCUCGUCGACUUCUACGCCGCCGUAGGGACACUCGCCGCGCGCGACGCGAUGAGCGACACCACCGACGCCGUGCCCCUCGACACGCAGGUACUCAACACGCUCCUGCGACUAUGCGAGCGCGCCGGCCGCCCAGGGACGGCCUUCCGGCUAUGGCAUGCCGCCCCGCUGCGUUGGGGCGUCAAGCACGAUGACAUCAGCCUGACGCUGCUGCUCAACACGGCGCGGCACAACUCGCAUGACGGCGAGCUCGACCUGUUCCGCCAGCGGCUGCGGCUGCUGCGCGACGCGCUGGGCACACAGCAUUCCGACGACGAGGUCGCGGCCGAGCCCACGACGCGCCGCGACGCCGAGUGGCGCACUGGCCCGUCGACGGUCCUCAUCGACGGCCCGCGGUAUACCUGGCGUGACGAGCACGGCUCUGUGCGCCCCCACGAGAAGGCGCGUGCGGUGUUCCGCGACGUCGUGCUGGGCAACUGGCCUUCGCUGUUGUCCGUCCGCUCGCCGCUCGACCACCCGACGGGCGCGUUCGCCACCUUCUCAGGCUUCAUCUCGCCGCCGUCCGCGCUCGCAGCAGACGACGGCGAGCACCCGCACCCCCCGCCGUCGGGCGACGCAAAGUAUCCGCACAUCAUCCCGACGCAGGCCAGCUGGAACUCGUACGUCGGCCUGCUGGGCGGGUUUGACCGCGUACCCGAGAUCCCCGCGGCCCUCGCGUGGAUGCGCGCGCUCGCCACCCCGCCAUGGCGCCAGACAAUGGCCGUGGCGCUCAUGCAUAUCGGCGAGCACGAGGGCCCGCGCCGCCGCGUCCGCUGGGCGUCGGGCGAGACGGCCCUCGCGCGCGACGAAGAGAUUAUGCGCGCGUGGCUGGUUGAGUGGCUUGGUGAAGACGCCGUGCCGACCGAGGAGGAGGUCGCAGAGUAUCGCCGCGCGAGGACGAGCCAGCCGUUGACGAGCUAG